CGGAAAUGGACCAUUUUCAGGCAAAAACCAAAACAUUCGGGGGUGGAUUUGAGUGAGUCAGUCUGCUGUAAAGGUACACGGUGCUGCUGGAGUGGUUUCGUAAGCUGUACCGUAUAACUCGACAGUUAUACUUUGGGUUUGGCACGAUGCUGAGCGCCGCCGCCGCGGAGAGGAACAAGGAGCCCAUCCUGGCGGUGCUCCUGGAGAAUGUGAGCACCGGGAGACCCCUGUUGGCUCUGGAGAUCUCCUCCGGUACUGGGCAGCAUGUCACACACUUCUCUCAGGCCCUGCGGAAUAUAACCUGGCAGCCCUCUGAGUACGAUCGACAGUCUCUGGUCAGUAUAGAAGCCUACAGAGCUCACUACCAGCUGAGCAAUGUGAUGCCUCCCAUCCACCUGGAUGCUUCUCUGCCUCAUCAGUACUGGGGAGGGAUCCAACCAGAGAGCCUGGACCUGGUCCUCAACAUCAACAUGAUUCACAUUUCUCCUUUUGCUUGUACAGAGGGUUUGUUCAAAGGGGCCGGAGCCGUGUUGAAGCCGCAAGGUCUUCUGCUGACAUACGGGCCCUACUCAGUGAACGGUCAGAUCAGCCCUCAAAGCAACAUUGACUUUGACUACAGCCUCCGGCAGAGGAAUCCAGAAUGGGGACUCAGGGAUAUCGCACUCCUCAACUCUUUGGCACAAAGAAAUGGUUUAUACCUGGAGAAAAUGGUGGACAUGCCAGCAAACAACAAAUGUCUUCUGUUCAGGAAGGAGAGUUUGGUGUGAAGAGUCCUGGAUGCAGACCAGUUUUGGAGCAGGACGGUCGAAGCGCCUUAACUUAAACGCAAAACUCAGAUACAGUGCCAGAUUUUCAAAAACUCGAAAUGAAUAAUGUUCUCUCUGUAUUCUAAUACACAAUGACAUUAGAUUAAUAUAUUUGAUCUGAACUGUUAUUCUCUAAUCUAUGAUCCACUAUAUUCUUCUGUAUUGCACACUUGAGUAAAAUUCUUAAGCCUUA